AUGAUCCCACGGAUACUCUCCAAUACGAAGAAUGCUACCAGCACGGUCUCUUCUGUCGUCGAAACUGACCCAAAAGAAGAGAGAGCUCUAGUAUGGCGUCUAGAUUUAUUCUUCUUAACGAUUGGCUUCCUAGGCUACGCCUUCAAAUACCUAGACCAAACCAAUAUUAGCAAUGCCUACGUCUCCGGAAUGGAGACAGAUCUAAAGCUGUAUGGAAAUGAGCUUAACUACUUUACGACUUUCUUCAACAUCGGGUAUAUGAUUAUGUUAUAUCCAUCAUGCAUCAUAAUAUCCCACAUUGGUCCAUCAAUCUGGCUGCCCGCAUGCGAGGUAAUUUGGGGCAUGUUGACUUGCUGUCUAUCUACGGUGACCAGCGCAAAGCAGGUCUAUGGUCUUCGUUUUCUGAUCGGCUUCUUUGAAGGCGCAACAUGGCCAGGCUAUUUCACCAUCAUUAGUCAAUGGUACCUACCGCAUGAAAUGGCUCUUCGGAUGAGUCUCUAUAACAUUGCCCAACCGGUCGGAGCUAUGUUAUCUGGCGCGAUGCAGGGUGCUCUUUCAACUAAUCUUGAGGGUGUUCUGGGCCGAACCGGCUGGCGAUGGGCAUUCAUCAUUAAUGGUGUCUGCACUAUCUUUGUGGCUUUGAUUGCCUUCAUUCUUCUACCUGGCUUUCCCGAUCGUCCGAAUCCGCUUGCCAAAUUCUACCUAAGGCCUCGAGAUCUCGCGGUUGCGCAAGAACGAAUUCGCCGAAUUGGCCGCGAUCCCCAGGUGGGAAUUACCAUCAAGACCUUCCUUCGAUCCUUUAGAUUCUGGCAUAUCUGGCUGUUUGCAAUUGCUUGGUCUAUUGGAACGAACCAGACACCUUCGAACUAUUUCAACCUCUGGCUCAAGUCCCUGAAAAACCCCGAUGGAACCCGGAAAUACUCGGUUGCAAUGCUCAACUACUUGCCAAUUGCGGGUCAGGCAAUCCAACUAGUUGCCGAGCUCCUGUUCAGCGGAUUCAGUGAUUAUCUUGGUACUCGGCUGCCAUUUUUGCUUCUCCACUCAACGAUCAACAUCACAUCACUAAUCAUCCUGAUCAUACGACCUGCAAGUGAGAGUGCUUACAUGGCGGGUUGGUAUAUGAAUUAUGCUGGAGCGGUUUCAACUAUGCUUCUCUGUGCUUGGGCAGCUGCACAUCUUGAAAAAGAACCUCAAGUGAGAACGGUUCUCUUUGCAACUGGGACUCUCUUUUCGUACCUUUUCAGCGCUUUCUUGCCUAUCGCUGCCUUCCCCGCUGCUGAGGCACCGCAUUGGAAAAUUGGUGCGAAGCUCUAUCUCGGUCUUUCUGUCUUGGCUUCUGUGCUCUUUAUUACUAUCUUCUUCGCUCUUAAAUGGCAAGCGAAGCGAGAUAGGAGAUGA